AUGUGUGCCGCUAUCGCUCGUCCGGUGCGUGUUAGACGUCCUCCCCAGAGGCUUGAUGAUUUCGAAGGCAUAAAAAGUGGAGGUAAGUCUAAGCCGUCGACUGCACAAUGGGCGGCGGAUGUGGAGGCGACUAGGACGUUCUUGAGACAACACCGAGUGUCCAACCCUACGCCCAAGGGUUAUUUGGUAGCGGAGCAAGCCCCGGACAUCGCUGGACCCGCAGACCCUCCCAUUAAGCCGUACGGCUUCACCGUCGAGGAGAGGCUUGAUUUGCAUGCGCAGCACCGGCCUGGCCGACGCAAGCCGGUGAAAGUAGUGGAGGCUGAUGACGGCGGAAAGCAGGAGAAGCACGGUGCCACUGAACGUGGAACUAGCAUGGGCGCUGGCCUCCCUGGAAUGGUGCCAACGCCUUUCUUCGAUGGUGGCGUGGGACAGACUCACGACAUGGAGGCAGAGCACGGUGAAUCGUCCCCCGAGGAGGGUGUUGGGGAUGCCAGAGGAGACGACCCAAAACUCUUAGAGCUGAAGAGGCUGCUCAACAGCGUUCGCCAGCGACAUGGCCGUGACAUUUCGGGUAUCCUUGCGGCUGCUGGUAGUCGUGGCACUCCACUGCUAGGUGCUGAUGAGUUAGAGGCGUUGGCGAGUAUUGACAGUUCUUUCCGCAGGCACGAAGAAUGUGGAAAGGGCCCCAUCACUGGGUUAAAUAGGGGUGACACGCAGGCAGCAGCGAGUAACAUACCUCGAGCUGCCCCUAUCGCCACUGACGAGAACCCUCAUGCUUUCACUAAUGACCAUCCUGAUCCAUCACCACAGCCUACUUCACAGCCCGCAACCCCACCCCAGGCUGUCGGCCACGCUACGGCUGUUGCACAUCGCGGGCGAGUGAACGGAGGGCUUUACACCAACAGACUCAAGAAGGAGCGUGACCACCUCAACAACACCAACGGAGGUGCACCCGGCCCUGUUCAUGCGGCACAACCUACACGGGUAGGAGUGCAUGACCAGCGGAAGGACACGUCAAGAGGAGCAGCGUACAGCGGGCAUGGCGCAGGGGCUGCCGAGGGCUUCCAAGCCCGUGGUGUGAAGCGGGAAAGGAACGUCCCGCAGAUGACUCUCAUCAUUGACUAUGAUCCGGAGAGGAGCGGGGAGGGCUUGAUACGUGGCAUGGCGUCUCCAGAUGAGAUCGUGGUGAGUAUGCGCACGGAGUACCUAAGUGCACGCAAAGAUGGCAAUGGAUCUCCUGCUACGCAACUGUGCGGCGCGAGGUGUGACCCUGUUCCCUUCGAACACAAUGAGGAACGAGGCGUCGUGCCACACAUGACAUGA